GGCUUCCCCUGCGCACUAACCAUCAACGUGCCGUUCCCGUCAGCGCGUCUCGCGUCCGUCGCGCACCGCGCGCUAAGCGUCGACAAGGAGCUCUCGGCGCUGGUGCAGCGGCGGCUCUCAACCACUACUCCUCCAACCCCGACAACACCAGAAGAGAAGGACGAGACGGUGCUGCGUGUCGAGUACAAGGCAACGACAAACCGCAUGCUGCGCGUGGCUGUCAACUCGUUCAUGGAGAGCCUGGCCCUGGUGCUCGAGGUCAUGGAGGAGCUCGACGUCGACGUGCUUGAGCAGCAACAGCAGCAG